CAGACUGCGCACUCACAUUGACCGUGUAGAAACCCUGAUACAUGCAAUAGUAAUCCUCGGUGCCUUCGACAAGACCGAGUCAUCCGAGACCAGUAUUCGUUGCGUCUCACGUUGAAAAUUUCAUUUUUCACCUUCAACUAGGUGUUUUGUUUUUCAAAUUUAAUUAUAAUCCAUGACCAUCUAAAACAAAAGAGAACAACUCUAUCAAGACAAAAUAAUAUCGUGUGAUAUUUCACUGAUUAACUCCGUCAAAUAACGAAAUACUCAACGGUGAAAGGGAUUUAAGUAAAACGCACCUGGUGUUAGUCAUCUACGGAGCAUUAACUUUUUAAGCUGCAACUGUUCUUCGGUCCUGCGGGUCCUCGACGAUCCAGCAAUACUUUUCCAUCAGCUACAUUUACUAAAUCGACCAGUGUGCGCACACAGCAUCAAUACCAAUAUCUUCGCACUCAGUUUGCGUCAACGUAGGGAGAAAAGAAAGAGAGUGAGAGAGGGAGAGAGAGAUUUUCACAACUGAGACAUCGACCUCCACCAUCAGCGACAAACGUCCAGCCUCGGCACUCUGUCACAAGUCGCAACACAAGAAACAACAUUUGUACAUAGUUAACUGAAUCAUCUCCAUCAGCACCAUAACCAUUUGAUAAAGCAAGAAGGUGCCGCAAUGCCAGCUGGUAUCGGCGCUUCGUACAGAUCAUUGGGCGACCUUGGCGAAGAUGUUUACAAAAGUACAACGAUCGUUGAACAAACCCAAACGACAUCCCAGAGUGUUCUGGAGACUGUCAAAAAAGCAUUUAGCUUUGCAUCACCAAAAGUAGAGCUCAGGAAGAAAGAUCCACUCAUUGGUGACAAGAGGGAGAGUAUCUCCAUCGUAACGAGGGAAAGAACCAAGAUGCCGACUGCAGCGACUACUGCUGAGGAAUCAGCACUUCUUGGCACGAUGCCAUCUGACAGCAUGGACGACAUCGAGCUGAAGAACAUUCAGCUACAAUUUCCAGCACUGAGAUAUUUGACGAGGGAUGAUGGCUCUGUCAGAGAGGAGAGAAUUGAGACAGAUAAGGGUACAAUACUGGUUGCUGUACAAGGAAACCGUGCAAAACCUGCCAUUCUCACUUAUCACGAUCUAGGCCUUAACUACAUCUCGAGCUUCCAGGCAUUCUUCAACUACAUCGACAUGCGAGUACUCCUCGAAAAUUUCUGCGUCUAUCACGUGAAUGCACCAGGUCAAGAGGAGGGAGCACCAAUGCUACCAGAAGAUUACGUGUACCCAACGAUGGAUGAGCUUGCUGAACAACUACUAUUUGUGCUUGGACAUUAUGGAUUGAAAACGGUGAUUGGUUUUGGCGUGGGCGCCGGUGCUAAUAUCCUGGCGAGAUUUGCCCUGGCUCAUCCGGAGAAGGUUAAUGCACUGUGUUUAAUAAAUUGCGUAUCAACGGUUGCUGGUUGGAUCGAGUGGGGUUAUCAGAAGCUCAAUGUACGUCAUCUUCGAUCACAAGGAAUGACACAGGGCGUUCUGGACUACCUCAUGUGGCAUCACUUUGGACGGGGAACCGAGGAGAGAAAUCAUGAUCUCGUUCAAGUUUAUACUAAUUAUUUUGAACGCCGAGUGAAUCCAACGAAUCUAGCUCUAUUCAUCGACAGUUACGUACGGCGCACUGAUUUGAAUAUUACACGUGAAUUGGAUCCAACACGCAAAAAGGAUGGCAGCACACUUGGUGUACCUGUGAUAAAUAUAACUGGAUCCUUGAGCCCUCACGUUGAUGAUACUGUUACGUUAAAUGGACGACUUGAUCCUACCAACAGUUCGUGGAUGAAGAUAUCAGACUGUGGGAUGGUACUGGAAGAGCAGCCGGGAAAAGUAAGCGAGGCCUUCCGACUGUUUCUUCAGGGUGAAGGAUAUGUGGUGAGAAGCCCGCGGAAGCCCGCAAUGACGCCAACAACACCCGAAGACCUGAUUCUUCUUCUCAUACAUAGCGGCUGUCAAAUUUGUGUGGCUCCACUUUCACCCCUGAAAAUGGCAGAUUACAGGCUGGCAUCCCUCGAGGGGCUCAACCACAUCUGCAGCAAGAAGAUCGACUGGCCAACUGCCACAAUCCACAUAACUGAGAAUCCCAUAUCAGAAGCGGUUGUAUGUUAAACUGUUCCGCAACAUUUAUAUCACCGAAACUACCAACCGAUAGCAAACAAAUCCCGACCACAAAUUCAAAUUCACAACGUCUGAGAAGACCUAUCGCCCCAAAAAAUAUCAUUUAUUCCUGUUAAAUUCGAUGAAAAUUUGCAAAUGGGGUAGGAUAUCGCGUGACUUUUUACAAUGGAUAACAGAAAAAAUACAAAAUUUUUCCGAUCGAUAUUUUCUUGACGAAGUUUAUCAUCCACAAAAAAAUUUGUUAUGUAGGUGAUUCAAUUGAGCAUAUAUCAGACAUGAGGACUGAAGAGCCACGCGAAUUAUCGAGAUGAAAAUAUCAUACCUCAAACUGCCGUCGCGAAUAAAAAUAUUUAAAAAAUCACGUGUCCUAUGCAUUUCUUUAAAACACAAUCUGAUUAUUGAGUUUUGGCUGACGAUUAAUUGCGGAAAAAAUUAGCGAGUAAUUCAGCACGAGUCGAGAAGUGCAAAAUAUCUACUCGGCCAGUAAAUUAUUGGCCAGGUAACAAUUACCAUUAGUUGAAAUUAAUAAUAGGUUUACAAAACAAAGCAAAAGAGAAUAUCACUCAAAAAUAUCAUUUAUUAUUGUUCAAUUCGACGGAAAUUGCUAGAAGGGGUGAGACAUUGUCUGACUUUUUACACCGGAAAACGCAAUAUUCCAAGUUUUAUCGGUCAACGAUUUUCUCGACGAAGUAUAUCACCCAAAAAAAAUUUGUUAUGUAGUUGAUUAAAUUGAAAAUAUAUCAUGCAUCAGGGCUGAAGAGCCACGCGCAUUGUCGAGAUAAAAAUAUACUACAAACUGCCGUCGUGAACAAAAGUAAAAAUAAAAUUUCGAGUCCUGUGCAGUUUUCUAAGCACAAUCUAAUAAUUGAGGUCUGGCCUACUGUUAAUUAAGAGAAAUUAGCGAAUAAUUCUGCAAGGGACGAGAAAUGCUUCAUAUCUACCCUGUCAAUAAAUUAUUGACUCGGUAAAAAUUAUCAUUAGUCAGAUUGAUUAACAAUAAAAAAACGCAAAGAAACCUGCUGUUGAUUUCUCCUUUCACCUGAGAAACUAUCCUUCGAACAAUAUAAUUUAUUCGUAUUCAAUUCAAUAGAGAUUGCGAAAGGGAUGAGAUAUCGCGUGACUUUUUCCAGGAAAAGCGAAAAAAAAAGUUUUAUCGGUCGACAUUUUCCCGGCAAAAUUUAUCACCGAAAAAACAUUGUUAUGUAGUUAAUUAAAUGGGCAAUACAUGAGAUAUCAGGACUGAAGAGCCACGCGAAUUAUCGAAAUAUGAACAUUCUACAAACCGUCGUCGUGAACAGAAGUAAAAAAUUGACAAGUUCAAUGCAAUUUUUCAAGCACAACUUAAUCAUUAAUUUCUGGCCUACAAUUGAUUUAAAGAAAUUAGCGAAUAAUUCAGCAUAAGGAGAAGCGCUUCAUAUCACCCGGUCAAUGAAUUAUUGGCCAGGCAGUAAUUAUUAUUAAUUAAAUUGAUUAACACUUUUUAAAAAACGACGCAAAGGAAAACUGCUCCUGAUUUGUGCUUGUGCACUCUGCACUAUUUGAGACCCCGAGCAGUUUUCACGAGACUAGUAAGAAUGGCGAUAAUUAGAUAGGGAUACGUUAAAUAAAGUGGAUGGACAACCUAUGAAUAAACAAAAUGGUUUGGUAGGUUCCCAUAUGGUUUUGCCAUUGCCCCAAGCCUUUAGCGUGAUAUUAUAAGACGUGCCUGCAUCGAAUUGUGAAGAAAAAAAAACAAUGUAGCUUAAAAAAAGGAAAAACUUAACAGCCUUUUAGUUUUCUAUUAAAUAUUAUCCCCGGGGCGUUCCACGAAUUAUAUUGUUUCUCGUUCGUCCUUCUAAUUCUGCUGGCACGAGGUGCCUAAUGAAGAAUCACUAUCCGAUAUGUUUCAUCCAAGCAAAAAAAUGAAUAAAAGAACUGUAAAAACGGUGUAAGACGAUAUUUUAAGGGAAAAAAAUUUGUUGACGAGGCAGAAGGAAAAACACUACCACGAACGAAAGAAAGAAAAAUAAUGAGGAGUGUUACUGUGGGACAGCUAAUAGAUUAUAGCUGAAAUACUCGCUGCUAAAAAAAACAAUUAAACAUGAGAAAAAAAAUAUGCAAAAAGCUUUCCGGCGCAGUUGCGUAAUUAUUUAAAUGAGGUGCCGCCAUUGGGCGUUGAGUGCCGGUUCUUAGCUGCCACAUGAGCGGAAAAACGUGAAACGCGAAAAGGAGGAUAACAAAUGACAAAAACUUCAUAGUCAGUAGCGAUGUAUCUUUGACGAUAAUUAAGAACAAAUGAUGGGUCAACAAUUUAAUUGACGAUUAUAGGUGGAGCUUUAGUAUUUAAAUGAAAAAUUAAGUUAACGAUACACGUACGCACCGAUAUACAUCUUGUUAUUUAUAAUAAACGUAUAUAAAAAAUUUA